GAGCAGCAGCAAGUCUGUCUCUAUCUGUCGCCUCUUGGAUCUCCGUUAGCACAGCUGUCGGCUGCUGCCGACUGCAAGGGGAUUCUCUCGAUCAGAGACCGUGUGAAGGAGUGCCUGAGUGCGCAGCAGACACCAGAGUUUUCAAGUAGCUACGCAUGAGUCUAUGUUCAAGUGUUGAGGUUAUGGUGCCACACAUGGGUGAAGGUUUGACCAGAUUCGCUCUGGACUUGACUCAACACCCAUGAUCCCAAGCCAUCUCUGGCAUACCCUCUCAUUAAGAUGGGAAAUGCCUCUGAAACAUUUCUGUUCAUGUCCACAGUAUCAAAAGACAGUGACUUCAUCAUGGGUACUAUCUACACAAUUUUUGGUGUUUUGUCGGUGCUGGGUAAUGGGAUCCUGCUUUUCGUGGCCUAUAGAAAGAAGUCCACCCUGAAGCCGGCAGAGUUCUUUGUGGUUAACCUAGCCAUCAGUGACCUGGGCAUGACCAUAACCCUGUUCCCACUCGCUAUCGCCUCAUCUUACACUCACGUGUGGCUGUUUAAUCAGACAACCUGUACUUUCUAUGCCUUCUGUGGCGUUUUGUUUGGCCUGUGCAGUCUUUCCAACCUCACUGUGCUAUCCUGCGUCUGCUGGCUUAAGGUCUGCUGCCCAAACUAUGGUAACAGGUUCUCCUACUGCCACGCCUGCAUGCUGGUUGCUGGUGUCUGGUGCUACGCUGGAGUUUUUGCUGUAGGUCCCCUGUCAGGCUGGGGAGAGUAUGGGGCAGAGCCUUACGGGACAGCGUGCUGCAUCAACUGGCAUGCUCCCAGCCACAACUCUGCAGCUAUGAGCUACAUCGUCUGCCUCUUCUUCUUCUGCUACAUUGUGCCCUGCAUUGUAAUUUUUCUGUCCUACAUAUUCAUCCUGCUGACCGUCCGGGGCUCCCGCCAGGCUGUUCAGCAGCAUAUGUCACCACAGAACAAGAUCACAAAUGCGCAUGCACUUAUCGUUAAGCUUUCUGUGGCAGUUUGCAUAGGUUUCCUGACAGCAUGGAGUCCAUAUGCCAUUGUGUCCAUGUGGGCAGGAUUUGGUAACCCAGAAGCUGUACCACCUAUGGCUUUUGCUUUGGCAGCUAUCUUUGCCAAGUCCUCCACCCUUUACAACCCUAUUGUCUAUCUGGUCUUCAAGCCCAACUUCCGCAAGUCCCUGUGUCGGGAUGUGGCCCAGUGCAGAAGGACACUCUGUGGAUGUCUGUGUCAGCACAACUCUACACAGAAGGGAACUUGCCGGCAAUCCCAUCAUGAAGAAGAGUGCGACUCCACAAGAUUGUCAAAUGGACUACCAGAGAACCACGGGACCUGCAGACACUGUCCUCACCGUGAAAGAGUCACUGGUACCAGAGAAAACAUUACAGACUACAGCCCCCAGCAGACUGCCAGAAUACUUAAAGGAUCGCAACAUAGUGAGGUGGCUGUCAGUCAGCUCUCCAAUGAGUUGCAGAGUGACUUCCUCUAGAGACACAAACACAGCCGCACAGGA